AUGCCGCACAGCGCGUACAGCAAGCAUGACAUUCCGCGAGAGCUGCAGCGACUUAUCGACCACACUGACCGCGGCAUCGAGCAGCUCUACCAACUAGCCGGCCGCAGCACUGCAGCCUCGACUGUGGCGGUCGACAGGCAGCCCAUCAUCGCAAAGGAGGGAGAGCGAAGGCAAAAACGCCGGGUGCACUAUCGUAGCAGAGGAAGUCCAGGCUCGCUACUGGAAGAGAGGUGCGCCGAGGUACGGCAUGACGACCCCCAUCGCAGCAUCCGCGAAGGCAGCGGCGGUGGCCACGGCGGCGCCAGGGCAGAUGCUCAACCGAGGGCAGCAGUGCGAUUCUCUUCCCGGAGAUCGAGGGACGCGUACGAGUACGGCGGCGUUUCAAACAGUUGGAGGAGGUCGCGCGCACACGCGAGGGACGGCACGGCACAGAUACAGCAUGAUGAGUACGGCAACCGCGACGACGACUACUUCGACGACGAUGAAGGCGAUGCGCUGCCCGAUGUCACCGAGAGCGACGACGACACGGACGUUUGCGAGAGAGACAAGACAGGCGAUGAAAACGAAAGCGACGACGGCGAGGGCGACGAUCGCGAGCCAGAGUCCGUUAGACGCCACCACAGGCAGUGGCGCGCGUCCGGCGCGCUCCGCCAGGCUUCUGUUGCUGCUGCCGAGACUUCGCUCCUGCCAUCACAGCCGCCCAGCCGGCGGCCUUUGUCGCCGGCGUCGACGCCGCAUCGAACGCUAAACUUCUCUAACGGCACCGCGCCCUCCUCACCGGCGUCUCUGGCGAAGCCGCCACGCCACUCGCGUCGCCCUGAUCUGCGCCCGCCUCCGUCGCACGUGCCCGGCUCUUUCCCACAGCCUCCGUGGCAGCAGCGACAUAGGCAUCAAGACCACGGCGAUCUCCCCCUCGCCGGAGGCACCUCCUAUACGGCGUCAUCGGCGUCUUUCUCGGGGUUGUACGGCUCCUCAGCAGCAUCGUCGCCGUCGCCAGCAGCGACGACUGCCGACGCCGCAGCGUACCGUGCCCACAUGGCGGCGCAGCAGUCCACGCAGAGACCAAGCGCGUCUUCAGCCGCGCAUCGGCGGCGCGCGCAGCAGCAGCAGCAGCUCAGCGGUGCUUCUAUACCCAACCCAUCCACUUCGCUCUUUAUGAGCCCUGGCUCGACGCAUAGCGGAAGCCGUGACAAGUCUAACCUUCACACCCGCUCUGGCCUCCGGAAGACGAGUGGCACCGCGUCUUCUGGGAUGCUGUCGCAAUUUGGACGGAGGUGGAACAACAUAUUCAAGAAAAUGCUCACCGAUCCACCACCGCCAGCCCCAUCGGCGGCAUCGUCCACGCCGCAACAUUCGGCUGCAGCGGCGACGUCUACGCUACAUCCACGAAGUCCACCCGUGCCAUCGUCAUUCUCUUCUUCUUCAUCCACGACAUCCACCGUGGGGAACGUGCGCGCGCACGGGGAGGGCGCUCCUGAGAGAGGCGUACUUCCGCAGCUGAGGGAGCUCAUUCCACACCCACAUGCAGUCCCUGCGACUCCGCCGUGCACUGUUGCCGAUUUGGCGAAUGUUGCCCCCGCCGCGGUGCCGUGCUCCGUCACCUUUGCCACAGCAUUCGCCGACGCCCGUGUCGCCGAGCAGCUGCGGGCAGAGCUACAGGCGAAGGAGGAGGCGAUGCUGCGGCUGCGCAUGGACCACGCACGGGAGAUGGCGGAGCUGCGCCAGUCUCUCACCCACGAGCGGGGGAGCGCGACUAAGCAGACGGCUGACGAGCUCGCCACGUCCUUCUCCAUCAAGCAGCAGCUCCUUCAGGCGUCGCUGCAGACGGAGCAGGAGCGUCUGAUGGAGGCGGAGGAGCAACUGCGACUUGCGCGUCGCGAGGCGGCGCAGCGUAAGAUGGACCUCGAAGAUUCGGCCCACGCUUUGCGGGCCCUGCAGAGCAAGUACGCCACGCUCGCGCACAGUCAAAGCGAGCACGCAGCGCAGGCGGCGCAGUGGCGUGAGCGGGCGGAGAAGGUCACCGCUGACGUUGCACAGCUCGAGUCGCAGGUGAAGGUGUGGAAAGCAAAGGAGGUGGACUGGCAGGCGCGGGAGGCGCAGCUGCAGCUGCUGGCGCACGCUGCUGAGGAGCGACGGGAGAAGGAAGAGACGUCGGCGCAGACGGCGCUGGCCCAGGUGGAGGCGGCCUUCACACAAACCUCGCAAAGUUACCAGGACUUGCUGGCGGAGGCGACAAAGCGCAUGUCCUACCUUGAAAAGAGUCAUCGGAAGCACAAACUGCUCAAGGAAGCCCACACGGCUCUGAAGACGGAGUACGAGCAACUCGUGGACUCCUCUAUGCACCGCGCACAGCAGUCGGAGGCCGAGCUCGCCUCCUUACGCGCCGAGGCACAGGAGCUGCGCCAGCAACUGCGUCAGCGAGACUCGGCCACGCAGGAGGAGACGGCAUCCCAUCAAGAGAUGCUGAACGACUACAAGCGGCGGCUGGAGCUGCAAGAGGCGAACGCGGCGGAGCAGGCGAAAACUCUGCAACACCACAUUGACACUGCGAACCACACCAUUGAGCUUCUUCGGUCGCAGAUGGAUAGCCUCACGCAGGACCUGCUCGAAGAACAGUCACAGCACCAGCAGAUGCAAAUGAAGGCGGCGCAGGCGGAGCUGCAGUGGAAAGAGGCGCAGCACGCGCAGCAGCGCACGACGGUGGCCUACAAGGUGCGCACCGAGGACACCAUUGCGCAGCUGAAACGGCAGCUCCGCGAGAAAGACACCAAAAUGCAAGCCCUUGCCGCCAGUGCCGCGGAGCCAGUGCAGCGACUGCGACAGCAGCUGGACGACGAGCGCGGCCGCCGCGCGCGGCUCGAGGAGCAGUUCCGUGCCUACAAGAAGAAGGCCAAGGAGGCGGAGGAGCAGGCGGUGAGCGAGAUGCGGCGAGAGCAGCUACGCACCGCUCUGCUGACUCCUAUGUCGUCCGCAACCUCCUCGCGCGUUCGUUUUGCCCACUCGGCCACCGCCACGCCGUCGCCGCCAAGCUCGUCGGCACCCUGCUUCUCCGGCUGGAAUGACAUGGGCGGCGGCAGAAAAGCGGGGUCAGAGUGCGCCGCCCGGUCGGAUGGGCCAGCUCACCCAGUCGUGCGGGUGUCCGCGCGUGGUGCGCGCGAUGAUCAGCGAGAGAGCCGCUUUGCUUACCCAGCUGUUUUGCGGACCGCCACCGCGCCUGCACCGAGCGGGCUGGCGAAAUUGUCCGUUGGACACGGUGAGGAGGCCGACGCGGGAGGACGACGCGUUACAGCCAGCCACUCCCUGGAAACCCCGCGCACAAACGCUACGCGCUUUUCCUCUGAGGAGGGUGGCCGACUCCCGCGCCCAAGUCCUUCGGCGGGGCCACCACACCGUCCAUUCACGAGGACUGUCCAAGCUUCUGGGGAAGAUAAAUGCGAACAAGCUGCACAAGACCGUUGGACCCCAUCGCCCAGGGCAGUCGUAGCGGCCUCGGUGGCCGCGGAUGCAUCAGCCAUCUCGCCCAGCGCCACAGUGGAGUCACUUUCGGGUAUCUCGAGGACGUCGCCUUGCACAAGCACAUUGAUGCCAGGUGAGGACGACGCAGUGGGGGUCGUUGGAACUGAAGGGCCGGCGAGUGCACGCACCGGGGAGCCGACGCUCUCGCUGCAGCCUCGCACUGCAAACAGCCCCGCCCGCACAGACGCAGAGGCCGCGAAAGUGCCUGUUGCUGAGGAGGAUGCCACGGCCACUCACGUCUACGUCGAUUCUGGGGUGCAGGCGCACGAGCAUCGCAUGAGCACCUUCCACACGAGUGCCUCGGAGGUGCUGCGCCGCAUUGCGGGGAGCCGGGAGGAGUUCCUAGCUCAGUGCGCCGCCAUUGUGAAGAGCACGGCGGCUGCCAGCCGCCGAGGUGCUCAGGCGAGACGGCGACUCUCUGAUGGGGAUGUGCGUGCUUCAGUAUCCGGCGACAACGCCAGUGCCUCCGAGGCGUCACAGAGCGGUGACGAAACGGACGGCCAGGAACGCCUGUGA